AUGCCUUCCACCACGAUCUCCCAAUUCGACUCCAUUGAGGACACAAUAGAAGCGUUCAAGAAGGGCGAAUUCAUCAUCGUGCUAGACUCGCAGGACCGCGAAAAUGAAGGCGACCUCAUCAUUGCCGCCGAGUCCAUCACCGCCGCCCAGAUGGCCUUUCUGGUCCGCUACACAAGCGGCCUGAUCUGCGCCCCCAUCACCCCCGAAAUCGCCACCCGUCUGCAGCUUCCGCAGAUGGUCCUCGAGAACACCGACCCCAAGGGCACCGCCUACACCGUCUCAAUCGACUCCAGCGACCCGUCCGUGACGACGGGCAUCUCCGCGCAAGACCGCAGUCUGGCCUGCCGAACGCUCGCAUCCCCCACCGCUCGCCCCGAGGACUUCCGACGACCGGGCCAUAUCAUCCCGCUUCAGGCGCGCAGCGGCGGCGUGCGCGAACGCAAGGGACACACCGAGGCCGCCGUGGAGUUCUGUCGGUUGGCCGGGAAGGCGCCGGCGGGUGUCAUUGCCGAGCUGGUGGAGGAUGGCGAGAUCGUCGAGGGCGUGCCGGAGAUCCGCGGCGAUAAUGGUAUGAUGCGCCGGGAUGCGUGUCUGCGGUUCGGGAAGAAAUGGGGUAUCAAGGUGUGCACGAUUGAGGAUUUGGUGGAGUAUUUGGAGAAGACGGAGGGUCCGGCUCCGGUUACGAAUGGGAAGCAUUGA